AACAGUGUUAACUUGUUAAUAUUUUUGUUGUUGUGUUAUUAUUUUCAUUAUUCCGUUGUCUAUUUGUCUUGUUUUGAUAAGUAAAUCGAAAAUUUUGUAUGCCAAUAUUAAAAAAAAAGAAAUUUAUACAAAUUGUGCAUAUAUUAUACAUUUUUUAUAUUUUUGUUUAAUAACUUUGCUAUUUGUAAAAACGUUUAAUCUAUUGUUGUUCUUUUUAACUAAAGCCGGUUUCUUGUGUAUUUGCAAAAAAAAAAAAAAAAUAUAUAAACUGCAAGCACACAAACACCUGUCAAAUAUUAGCCGCGCAACCACUAUACAGUUUGGCUCUCGGAGAAUUUCAUUAGAAACUGAAAAGAAUUUUUCAUUAACUACGUCAAACAGUCUGCGAGUGAAAAUAAUAAAUGUAAUUAAAAUACCAGUGGUGGAAGAAUCGUGAAUGAAUAGAGGAAUAUGAAUGUUUGAUUUUAUAGUUCGCUUUUGGUCAGAAACAGCAGAAAGCCAACAGCAUUAAUACAAUACACAAGUCACAUCAAACAACAACUGAUUGCUACUGUCGUUUAUUUUUAAACAAAAAAAAAAAAAUAAUUUGCUUGAGUUAAAGGCACUCUAUAGAUCACAGAAGAAUUGUACACUUAUAAAAUAAAGGUUCCUAAAUUGCAAAAUAAAAAAAGCCAAGUGAAAAUUUAAAUAUGUACAUUGAACUUUAUAAAUUAAAUACAAAAAUUCAAUGAAUGUGCCUUGAUAUUGAAUAAAAUAAAAUAAAAAAAAGCAAACAACAAGAUAAAAAAUUAAAGCAACAGAAAAAUCUGCAUAUAAAAUAAGGAAAGUUCUUCAAUUGGCGUAAAAAGGAAAUAUCUAUACUACAACUGCCUCUUAAAUAUUACAUAACAAUUCCAUAAUAUUAUAAAAAAAAAACACCAAGUAUCUCAGUAUUUUAGCUUAAAAACUUAUUAAGCUUUAUUGUAAACGUUUUAUUUACAAAAAUAUAUUUUUUGAAAAUUCGAAUCAAUACUUUUUCGGCUCUCUCUGCUGUGUUCUGCCGUUUAGUGGAGAAUUUUUGCUGACCAUAACCUUACACAAUGGCAAGACCAAUUAGUGAUAAUCAUAUUAUCCCCAUUGCUGUGGGCCUAGUUGCUGUAGUAGCUGGCGCUGUUAUUAUCCAUUAUUUAAUUAAUAAAAAAUCCACAAAGAAACCCCGCCCAGAACCAAAUAGAACAGCACGUCUGCGUACUUUAAUCGAUGCUAAUGAUAAAUAUCAAUUACCUUUGAUUGAAAAAGAAGUCUUGAGUCAUGAUACACGUCGCUUCCGUUUUGGUUUACCCUCACAUCAGCAUAUAUUGGGUCUGCCUGUGGGUCAGCAUAUUCAUCUUAUUGCCACCAUUGAUAAUGAACUAGUGAUACGUCCAUAUACACCCAUUUCUUCCGAUGACGAUGUGGGUUAUGUUGAUUUAGUGGUUAAGGUUUAUUUCAAAGAUACUCAUCCCAAAUUUCCAGCUGGUGGCAAAAUGUCUCAAUAUUUAGAUCAAAUGCAAAUUGGUGAUAAGAUUUCUUUCCGUGGUCCUUCGGGCCGUUUGCAAUAUUUGGGUAAUGGUAAUUUCUCCAUUAAGAAAUUGCGUAAAGAUCCUCCCAAGACUGUUACUGCUAAACGUGUUAAUAUGAUUGCUGGCGGUACUGGCAUUACACCCAUGUUGCAGUUGGUGCGUGAUGUCUUGAAACAUAGUGAAAAGGAUAAAACUGAAUUGGCUUUAUUGUUUGCUAAUCAGAGUGAAAAGGAUAUUUUAUUACGCAAUGAACUUGAUGAAUUGGCCAAGAAACAUCCAGAUCAAUUCAAAGUCUGGUAUACUGUUGAUAAAGCUGGUGAAGGCUGGACAUAUAACACCGGUUAUAUAAAUGAUGAAAUGAUGCGAGAUCAUUUGUAUUUACCAUCGGAUGAUACGCUAUGCUUACUAUGUGGACCACCACCAAUGGUUAAUUAUACCUGUAUACCUGGUCUCGAUAGGCUGGGUCAUAAAAGUGAAAUGCGUUUUAGUUACUAAAUAAUACAAAACCAAAUAAACAGAACAGGACACUAGAUAAUCUAACAGAAGUUCUUACAAGUAGAGAGUUUUAAAAAUGGAAUGUGUAGAUAAUACACACAUACAUACAUAUGUACAUAUAUGUUGUGUAAUUUUAAAUUAUAGUUUAUUUAUUUAACCAUUUAAAUUUAUAUUUUAAUGCUGCCUUAAAGUGUAUAGUUAAGGAAAGG